AUGGCGGCGGUCGGAGCGGCGCGGCGUCUGUUCUGCAGCUUUUCUCAAGUCAAACAUGUUCAACAGAAGAAGCUGGUUCCGUUCAGACCCAGAGUCCGCGGCCUGUGUUCGGACCCGGAGGUCUGCGCUCAUUCUCCCGACACGAGGCCUCAGUUUUCUGAUGCCGCGGUGCAGGACAUCCUGAGGAGAAUCACAGGCGUGGACUUAGAGAAAGUGUUCAGACCGAUGAAACAGGAGCGUAACCUGCCGGAAUACAAACUCAUGACCGACCAGCAACUAGACCAGGCCAUGAAAGCAGCGGCGGAGCAGGCGAACCGUGUCCUGCAGAUGCCUCCGGUUCUGUCCGAGCGAAAACCCAUCCAUGACGUGCUGUCGGAGGACCCGGUUCUGGACGGAAUGGACACGGCUAAAUAUCUGUUCACGGACAUCACUUUCAACGUACCACACCGGGAGCGGUUCAUCGUGGUCCGGGAGCCGAGCGGGACUCUGAGGAAGGCAACGUGGGACGAGAGGGACCGGCUCGUCCAGGUCUACUUCCCCAAAGAGGGCCGCAAACUCACACCACCGCUCAUUUUCAAAGAGGAGAACAUGAAGAUGGUUUUCUCCCAGGAUCGACACGAAGAUAUCUUGAAUCUAUGUCUCGUCCAAUUUGAACCAGACUCGUCACAUUAUAUCAGGGUCCACGCUGCAGUCUACGAGGACCUGGAGAAACACGGGAAGUACGACCUUCUGCGAUCCACGCGACACUUCGGGGGUUUGGCCUGGUACUUGGUGAACGCUCGGAGAGUGGACGGUCUCAUCGUGGACAUGCUCAAGAGAGAACUGCUACAGGAGGCGGUGUGUCUGGUGUCUCUGUUCCACAUGGUCCAUAGUCACAGUGAGUCUGCUCUGGAGGCGGCGCAGCAGGAGGCGACGGGCGUCGAGCUGCUCAAGAUCUAUGCCCAGAAAGAGUCCCAGAGUUCGGGCUUCAUCGAGCUGGCUCUGCAGGCGUUUGAACCAUCGGCCGAGCAGAGCACCACCGCCUGA